GGAACUGGCGAGGGAGAGACGGAGGGAAUUAGGGUUUGCAAUUUUCGCGUAUUUGAUUGAUGAUCAGGACGCAAACCCUAAAUUCGGAUUUGGGGGGCGGGAAUCGCGCUUGAUCUUCUUUUCUUUUCGGUUUUGCUGCAUUUAUUCUGUUAUCCAUAAUUCGAUCGAUGGCCGCGGAAAUGCGCCCGAAGGACGCAGCAAUCUGCGACGAUUUACAAGAAAUCGCAUUCCCCAGCCAUUGUUGCUGCUUCUCCUUCAAUUUUCCGUGUUUUGAAUCCGAUAAUUGGGAGCGAAUUUCAACGACAGGCGGAGAACAACAAGAACAGCAAGAGUUUAGUGCUCGAUCGAGCUGGUGGGUGAAAGGUAUCGACGCGCUGAAGAAAAUUAGGGAACUGUCGGAGCUCGCCGCCGGACCGAAGUGGAAGACGUUCAUCCGUCGCUUCAACAAAUCUGCUUGCAAGUCCAAACCGUCGAAAUUCCAGUACGAUGCGUUCAGUUAUUCUCUGAAUUUUGACGAAGGUAUUCGGGAAGACGAACAGCUCGAGGGCGACGUCGUUUUGAGAGAUUUCUCAUCCCGGUAUGCUGCGUUUCCGGCGAGCAAUUCCGCCGCCCAAUCGAAGGACGCUGCUACGUGAGAAAUCAUCGGUUUAACAUUGCAGCAGCGUCGAUUCGAGUUCGAUUCUGUUCACAAAUCAGUGAAUAAUCCUUGUUUCUUCAAGACUUGUGGUUGUGAGGGAAGUUGUCGAUAAAUCCUUUCUUGCUUCAUGUGCAGUGUAUUGUAGUUUACGAUUCUCAUUUUUAGCAUACCAUUCUUUACAUCUUUUCUUUCGUUCUUCCAUGAAUUAUAGAAAUCUGAAUGAUAUGGUUGCUGAUUUUUUACAAGAGUCGACUCUACUCACGAGUAUUUUAUUGAUUUUGUGGUUGUAAGAUUUGUUCAUUCCACUUUUCAUCUUCAUCUUGGAAGAAGCCCCAAAUUCUCUCACUUGAUUUAAAGCUUCGGCUAUGGAAGGGAAAGAAAAUUCAGAUGAAUUCGAAACCCUGAGAUUUGCGUUCAUUUGAUCUCCCGACCAUGAAAUUUGAAGUUUAUCCACAUUAUCAAUUUCGGCUUGAUCUUGAUCAGUUAUGGAAGAAUUCUUGGUAGCCUCGUCUCUUUUCUUCUACAAUUACUGAAAAAGAUGGAAUCUUUAACCUCCAAGAUUGAUUAUUUUAUCAAUACAUCAACAUCUGUGGGACCAAAAAGAUUGCUUCUUUACAUAAUUGGAUCUCUUCUUUAUAAUGUAAAGGCAAUUUGCAGGUGUGUGAAGAAAAAGCAUUCAUGAAAUUCUGUAAUAAAGAUCAGAUCAGA